CCCUUGGCCAUAUAUAUACAUCGUACACAAUUGACCAACCCCUCUAGCACCCUCGGUCUCGUAGCAGCGUCUCUCUCCUCUUGAGUACUUUUUCCCAGAUCUGUUCGAGAGAGACUCUGCGAUCAUGUUGGUCUAUCAGGACAAGACCAGCGGUGAUGAGCUUCUCUCCGACUCAUUUUCAUACAAGGAGGUUGAGAAUGGGAUUCUCUGGGAGGUUGAGGGAAAGUGGGUUGUUCAAGGAGCAGUUGAUGUAGACAUUGGCGCAAAUCCUUCUGCUGAAGGUGGUGAUGAGGAUGAGGGUGUUGAUGACCAAGCUGUCAAGGUUGUUGACAUCGUCGACACAUUUAGACUCCAGGAGCAACCUGCUUUUGACAAGAAGCAGUUUGUCACAUACAUGAAGAGAUUCAUCAAGAACUUGACCCCUAAGUUGGAUGCGGAGGAUCAAGAGAAAUUUAAGAAAAACAUAGAAUCAGCAACCAAGUUCCUGCUUUCAAAGCUCAGUGACCUCCAAUUUUUCGUGGGGGAGAGCAUGCAUGAUGAUGCUACUCUGGUGUUUGCUUACUACAAGGACGGUGCCACCGAUCCAACAUUCUUGUACUUUGCCCAUGCUUUGAAUGAGGUCAAGUGCUAAAGUGAGGAUAUAUGGCCAGAAAAUAAAUUUCUGGCUUUAGUUUUAGUUUUUAUCGUUGCAUGGGUCUUUUCUCUUGUUUAUUUUCCAUUAUGUUUUGUACUGGGCGACUCAAAUCUACGCACCUCCUUUUGAUUAAAUGUUGUUGUGGAGUAGACGGUACCAUUUAUAUGGGUUCUGGUUUUGUUAAAGCGCAUUAUUGAUAUGCAAGUGGCUGCUAAGAACAAUAACUUCGCUUGUGCCUUGCCUCUGGCCAGGCAUUGAGAAGUGCUUGAGAGCUUGGUUUACAA